AUGCAACUGGAGCUUCCUGAGUUCAGGACCAUAGCCUAUACCACAUCCGGUAGUCUGACGGAGGAGAGCCUGUCCCGCCUCCUGUCCUCCUGUGGCCUCGCCCAGUCUGUAGAGCUGCAGGAGAAGCUGACCUGUGUGGUGUCUCAGCCAAGUGGGGUGUCAGCGCCAUUGGCUCCCUGAAGGGCCCUGCUGGUGUCCACAGAGAGCCACCCUGUGAAGAGUGGCAUUCACAAGUGGAUCAGUGACUACGCAGACUCCAUACUCGACCCCGAGGCCCUGAGGAUGGAAGUGGACACGCUUCAUGGAGGCGAGACCAGGAAGAUCGCUGAGGUAGAGGCUCCGCAGGUUCAGGAGGAGGAGGGGGUCCCUGACGAGGAGGGCUGGGUGAAGGUGACCCGCCGGGGCCGGCGGCCUGUGCUCCCCCGGACUGAAGCAGCCAGCCUGCGGGUGCUGGAGAGGGAGAGACGGAAGCGCGCCCGAAAGGAGCUGCUCAACUUCUAUGCCUGGCAGCACCGGGAGAGCAAGAUGGAGCAUCUAGCGCAGCUGCGCAAGAAGUUCGAGGAGGACAAGCAGAGGAUUGAGCUGCUGCGGGCCCAGCGCAAAUUCCGACCCUACUGAGCUGCGAGAGCCGCAGUGAUGGCUGGAGGUGCGGGGCCUGGAGGAACAUGAGGCCAGGCAGGGACUGCAGCCAUCUCCGAGAGGCCGAGCUCUGGGAAACGGGCCCCAGGUUGAGGCCACCCCGUCCAGCAGCCCCAUGAGGGUCCACACAGGCCAGGAGUGAAGGGCCAGGCCACCCCUCGGGUCUUGGGCUUCAGCAGUCCUGGGCACCUGUCCCUUCCUGGGUGUGCCCAGAGGAGGACUUGUCCCUUCCGUCUCCUGCCUCCACACCCUCCUGUCAAGGACCCUGCAUGAAUCCGCUCUGUUUUCCCUUUUCCCUCAAUGGAAAAGCCCUUGAUGGUAACGAAACAGCCUCAAAAGCAGUGAGAA